AUGGGCAAAUCCAUUAACACGACCUACGACACCAUCGAACAGAUCUACAGCGAAUCCAAAAUCAUCAUCGUCGGCUGUCUUGCCUCCUGGGCUCUCUGUCGCCUCCGCUUUGGCUGCAUCGGGCUUCUCCUCGUCCUAUCCAUCUGUCGAACCUACUACGAACUCACCACUCGACGCAUCCAACGCGCCAUCCGCGACGAAACACGCCGCCACCACGCCCAGAGGAUCCUCGCCCGGGGCGAAACCGUCCACUGGAUCAACGAGCUGCUCGACAGAAUCUGGCACCUCUACGAACGGCCUCUCUGCGAGCAGAUCGUUCAGCACGUCAACGCCGGCCUGUCCAGGACGGUCAGUAAACCAGGGGAGCCGGCACCGCAGCGAGUAGUCCUCCACUCGCUUGCAUCCAUUGAACGACCCUUGCGCUUCAACCGAGUCCACAUUGCCCAUCGACCAGACUCGGAUACAAUGAUUCUCGAGGGCGAAUUCACUCUCCACCAGACAGCCCACGAACCCCUCAUCAACCUACGUGUCCACCACCAUACCAACCCACACAAGCAGACAAGCCACGACCUCGAAAUCCAGAUCCGAGAAUUCACAGGAGUCGGAAUCCUGCGCCUCGAGAUCGACUGCUCCGGUUCCCACCCGGCCAUCCGCCAGCCGCAGAUCGAACUCCGCGGCCAGCCAAAGAUGGACUGCACGGUGAAGACGCUCAGUCACCACAACUUCCCGUUUCAUUUCGCGCACCAUGUGGACUGGCGCAAGGUCGUGGAGAUGCAGAUCCGGGAGGGGCUGGGGAGGGCGUUUAAGAGUCCGUUGCCAUUGCCGUUGGUGAAGCUGCUAGGGGAGGGGUUAUUGGUGAAGAUUCUGCAAUGGCUGUGGCAGGUGGAGAGGUAUUGGGAGAGGCAUUCUUGA